AAGCGGUUCCGCAGAAGCGAAGCAUUGGGAGUCUGGGGAGUUCCGCAGAAGCGGAGGUACAGACCGCAGAAGCGGUCUCGCUUGUGCGAGUGGUGGAUCGCAGAAGCGGUCCUGGGCAAAUUUGAAGGAACCGCAAAAGCGGAACGAGAACUGCAAAAGUGGUGUCGCAGAAGCGACACAGGUUCGUCUGGAACACUAAAGUUACUUGUUAUGCCAACAUCUCCCAUUGUAGAGGACUAUGAAAGUAUAAUAAUAACAGAUAGUACACCAAGUUUUAUUGAAAUAGGACAAGUAUACCAAGACAAGCAAACAAUUGCAACUGCAAUGAAGUACUAUUCUGUCAUGCACAAGUUCCAAUUCUGGGUUAAAAGAUCUAGUGCUAGAAGCUACUGGUUGGUAUGUGUUGGUGAAAAUUGUACAUGGCACUUCAAGGCAACUAGCAUAAAUGAUUCUACAAUGUUCAAGGUUAGAACAUUCAACAGCUUGCACAUAUGCACUUUGAUGGACAGUACAUUCAUACAACGCAAACCUACUGCCAUGGUAGUUGGUAGCAUGGUUAUUCCAAAAUAUGCUGAUCCUAAGACAAUUUACACACCAAAAGACAUACAAACUGAUAUGUUGUCUGAACACGGCGUGAACAUAACAUACAUGCAAGCUUGGAGAGCAAAGGAAAAGGCUUUGGAGUUUUUGAGAGGUCAUCCUACUAACUCCCACAGCAAAUUGCCUAGUUAUUUGUAUAUUCUGGAGAAGACUUAUCCGGGGCCAGUUGUAGUAGUUGAUGGGACCUUCUUAAAGUCACCAUACAGGGGAAUAAUGCUAACAACUAGUACAAUGGAUGCAGCAGGUACCAUAUUAUCAUUGGCAUAUGCUGCUGUUGAUUCAGAAAAUGACGCAUCAUGGAAGUGGUUUUUUGUGCAAUUCAAACAUGCAUAUGGUGAAAGACCAAAUAUGUGUGUUGUUUCGGAUCGGAAUGAGAGUAUCUUGAAGGCAACAUCUAUUGUUUAUCCUGGCAUGACACAUUAUUCUUGCAUGUGGCAUAUUUGGACAAAUAUAAGGGCAAAGUUCAAGAAGGGUCAUAUAAAGUUAAGCGAAUUGUACUUUGCCACGGCACGAUCAUACACGCUUGAUGAAUUUAUUGAAAGGAUAUCAAAGAUUGAAGAUAUUGACCCGCAUGUUAAAGCAUACUUAUACGAUAUUGGCUACCAUAGAUGGUCUCGAGUACAUGCUACGGUGAACAGAACUUGGACUAUGACAUCAAACAUUGCAGAGUCGUUGAAUGCUUUAACAAAAUAUGCAAGAGAGUUGCCGAUAGUAGAACUAUUAGAGUAUAUGAGGACUCUUCUUGAACGUUGGACGAAGGAAAAGUUAUUGAAAGCAAAGGGUACAUUCACAUACCUUGGGUUUAAAUUCAACAAAGAGUUGGAUGACAACAGAACAUUGUCGCACAAGCUUAGAGUGAGGGCUUCAACAGACUACAUCCAUACAGUACUAGAUGGUGUUAGGCGCUAUAUUGUUUGUCUUGAAACAAGAGAUGUAGUUGUGGGCAAUUCCAGCUUGAUGAACUUCCUUGUCCACAUGCUUUGGCUGCUUUAA